AUGGUUGGCGACUUUUCACUGGCCCUUGCACAAGUGGCGGCCUACAUUAGAGACAACAGUUGGAUCGACUUUCAGAUUUUUGCAGAGCGCUUUCACAAACAUGAGGAUGGCCUGUUGAACCUUUCAGGAAGGCUGCUGGCCGAAUCUGAGUAUGGUCACACCCUAGCAACGUCUUGGGGCAUGACGAAGAAUCUGUUGCUUGAAAGACUGCCUGAGGCAGUGCAAUUGAUGCAGAAUAUCAGUCUUUUGGACCCCGAACACUUGGAUUACAAACUGCUCUCACUCUUCGACAGCGGACACAUGGAUGAGUCAUUGAGGUUACUGCAUGGGCAAUGUCUUCUGGAUCGCGCUGUGCAAGGGCGAUUUCGAGUGCAUCGCAUGUGGCAGAUGGCCGUUCGCUGCGACUUGGAAUCAUCGGAGCGCUGCAAGGACAUAUUGGAAUCUUGCAUGUGGACAAUUAUCAAGAAAGCAAUGCCCGUCGAUUUGGUGCACGAUGGCACUGACCUUGGCGAACUUGAGCUGUGCGGGCCACAUUGUGUGCAGCUCAGCAAGCUUUUGCGCAGCACAACCAUAGGGGCUAUGGAAGACUUAGUCCGGGGCAGUAAGGAGUGCCGAUGCCGAAUAUUUAUCCUCGCGUCUGAGUAUUGUCGAGUGAACAUCGAGAACUGCCAGUUCGGCUUGGAACUGCUUGAGGAAGAGUUGCCCAGGUGGGAAGACUCGAACGUACAUACCGCAGCAUUGAAUUGGCAGCUUGCGAAGCUCAAAAUGAUGAUUGCCACUUCACAGAAGCAGUUUCCGCAGCAUCGCCGGGCAGCCCUUGAAUGCGCGAAAAACUUCAGUGACAGUGAGAAAGACACACACUUUGGAGUACUUGUGUGUGCCUAUGCGGACAUGCUUUGCCAGUGGUGCUACGAGGGUAACAAGGUGAAUGCUGAUGAUGCCGCCUCAGAAGUGCAGGCUUUCUGGGAACAAUUCCAAAGUGUUUCACAGGCAGGGCUCUGUAUGCCCUUGGAACGUGGCAUGAGAAAUGUCAUGGCCGGUUCUAUGAAGCUGCGAAGCUUUUCAAAGAUGGCUUUCAAGGCGAAGUGUCCUUUUCUUCCAAAUCGUCUCAGCGAGAAGCCUUGUUGUUUCUGA